UCGUAUGUUAAAGUAUUAUUUGUUACGCGUAUUAUAAAUUCAAAUAAAAAAAAAAUUAAUUAAUUAAUUAAUAAAUACGUAAAUAAAUAAAAAUUAAGUAAAGACAAUUAUCGUUAUAAUUAUGCUCGAGUUUUCAUACUCAUAUAAUUAAAAAAAAAAAAAAAAAAUAGUUUUCAAGUGAAUUUGUAUGUUUAUUUAGUUUUUACAUAAUUUUAUAAAAACAGUAUUGAAAAUAAUCGAUAAUGCGAAAAAACGAUAAUUUGAAAUUUUAGUGUCACAGGAUUCGAUAAAAAUUUUUAAGCAGCAUCGAUCCUGGAAUAAAUCGAUCGGGAAAUCGACGAUAUGAAAAUUUAGAAAACUUUCUUCCAUCGAUCACAAGUUUUGAAUAAAGGUAAAGGGUAAGAAAGUGUAAAAGAACAAUGAAAAUGGCAGAGCAUAAAAGUUGAAGUAGAUACAACAAAGCAUCGGCAAUCUGCCUCGUCCUUUGCGGCCAGUGACAUUUUUCAAGCUAAGAUGACAUAGAAUGGGUUGGGUGGCGCUAGGGCGGCGUGCGGGUGGUAGCAGCCGCUUAUCACCCAUCCUCUCGCUGUCUCUCGCCUCCCUCGUAAGAUCCUUACUAUUUACUACCCUCUGUGUCCUCACCCUAGCUCUAACUUUUGCCACCUUCGUAAAUUCCGAGGACAUCUUUGAGGAAGGAAAAUCGGACAAGGAAAUCCUGGACAAUUUGCUGCUGUCGACACGCUAUGACAAGCGGCUUCUACCGCCGGUCCAAGAUGCGGAUUUCUGCUGUGGAUUGCGAUCGCCUGGCGACACGAGCAGGCCAGUUAACCGAUCAGCGACCUUUACCGACCUUACGCAGAACAACAACCAGAACAAUAACCAUUAUACGCCGCACCAACACCUUCGCACUCACCUUCGCGGAACCUUAACAGUAAAUGUGAGCGUAUUGUUAUUAAGUCUGGCUUCACCUGACGAAUCAAGUUUGAAAUAUGAAGUUGAAUUUCUUCUGCAACAACAAUGGUACGAUCCACGGCUACGUUAUAGCAAUCGAUCGCGAUACGAAUUUUUAAAUGCGAUUCAUCAUCAUAAUGACAUCUGGCUGCCAGAUACUUAUUUUAUCAUGCAUGGUGACUUCAAAGAUCCUCUAAUUCCGGUACAUUUUGCAUUACGGAUUUAUCGUAAUGGCACUGUCAACUAUCUUAUGCGACGUCAUCUUAUUCUUUCAUGUCAAGGUAGACUCAAUAUAUUUCCGUUUGAUGAUCCGCAAUGUUCAUUCGCUAUCGAAAGCAUUUCUUAUGAACAAACAGCAAUAACUUACGUCUGGAAGAAUGACGAGGCAACAUUACGAAAGAGCCCAAGUCUCACGACCCUAAAUGCGUAUCUUAUCCGGAAUCAGACAAUAACGUGCCCGAUAAAAGCUAGUUGGCGUGCUGGCGCACACGUGAUUGUCGACUACGAGGACGAGUUUGACGAAUUCGGAGACUCAAAGUGUUCACUGUGCCAGCGCAGGUUUGAAGAACAAGGUAACUACAGCUGUCUAAAGGUGGAUCUUAUCUUCACGAGGGAUCGUGCUUUUUACUUUACCACAGUCUUUAUUCCGGGAAUUAUUUUGGUGACAAGCUCGUUUAUAACAUUUUGGCUGGAGUGGAAUGCCGUACCCGCAAGAGUCAUGAUUGGCGUGACAACAAUGCUCAACUUUUUCACUACAUCUAAUGGAUUUCGUUCAACACUACCAGUUGUCUCAAACUUGACUGCCAUGAACGUAUGGGAUGGAGUAUGCAUGUGUUUUAUCUAUGCCAGCCUACUCGAGUUCGUGUGCGUCAAUUAUGUGGGCCGGAAACGACCACUUCAUAACGUUGUUUAUCGCCCAGGCGAGAAUCCUGUCACCCAGCGGCUACCAGCGGUGCUCAGCAGGAUAGGGAUAAUAUUGGCCAGCCCCUUGGGUGAAAAGAAACGAGAAGGUGGCAAUGCAACAACUGGCAGUAAUGGUCCAAAUGAAAUCAUCGCCUGCACAAACUGUGGUCCUAAUCCCUGUACACAUACAGCAACCAAUGGCUGUGCAGCAGAGUGUUGCUUUGUUCAGGUCAGGAAGAAAGAACCACCGCAUCCAAUUCGGGUGGCAAAAACAAUUGACGUAAUAUCAAGAAUAACGUUUCCAGUUGCUUACUUUAUGUUCCUCACUUUUUUCUUCAUCCACUACAAAGGAGCGACUUCCUAAGGAUCAACUCAUCAUAAUAAUUAUCAACGGGAAGAAAUAAAAUUUGUUUAAUAUAUUGUUGUAAAAAGAAACUCUUAAAAAAUAUUGUUAAGUAUAAAUAAAAAACAUGAUCUGUUGUAUGCCAAGGUGACCAAUAAUCUUAUUGGGAUAACAGGAUAAGUGUAGAUCUCUACAGUGAUAAAAUUGUACAUAAAAAUGAAUAAAUUUUUAAUAUGUUUUUAUGAAAUUUUAUUUUUAUUCUGUACGAUAUCGAAUUCAAUUAUUGCGUAUAGAGGAAGGGCGGGCAUUAGAUUCAAAUUCGCUGGGUCUUCUUUUUGUGAUUUCCAAUUAAAAAAAUUGAAUCAAAUUUGAAGUUGCCAUCGAAAAAAUUUUUUCCGGGCGGGCAAAACAGACCACCCCCGAAAAAAGGUAAAAAAAAAAAACAUUUCGGUUUUCAUUUCAAAAAAUGACUAUAAUUAAAUUGUUUACAUGUAAUCUAAGUGAAAAAUAGUAUAUUACACACCGAGGGAAGUAAAGUAAGAAAUGUCUCAGAUCACAUGUAAUUGUUGGCCGAGGCGAAGCCGAGGUCAACAAACAUGUGAUCUGAGGCUUUCUUAUUUACUUCCCGAGGAGUGUAUGCUAUUUUUCUCCUCGACGGAGGCGGAAAGCGGCAACUUCGUUUUGCACAGCGGGACGAAAGUUGACGCUUUCCGCCCGUCGAGGAGAAAAAAAAUUUGUAAUACAGUUAGUAAAUAAAAAUGCCGAAAACAAAAAAUUAUUGGGGGAAGACAUCGUAAAUAUUUUUUGUGGCCAGCGAUAUUUCGAGUCCGCUGAAUAGUAGAUUCAGUGCCAAAAUUGACGUUAUCUGUGAUUACUAAUAUAUCGUCCCCUUUCUGGGUAAACCUCGUAACUACUUUUUUUUCAUAGUUCAAAUUAUGAGUGAAAAACAUUCUUUAGUACUGCUAUUGCGUAAAAGAAGUUUCAAAUUUUAAUAAUUAUAGCAGAAUGUUCGAGAGACUUUUGAAUUUUAAUAUUUCCAUUAACGCACGUGUAACAGAAUAUAUGUUUUGACCGAUUUCUGAAAAAAUUAUAAUUUUGCAGUUACGAGAUUUACCCAGAAAGAAGACGAUAUUUUAUUUUGAUUUUUAGUUUUAAAGCUUAACAUUCUUUUAAGUUUCAAUGCUAAAAAAAUUAUUUAAAAAAAAAUGGAUUUCAAUUUAGAAAAUGAUUUUAAAAACUAAACUUUCCGGAAAACAAUUUCGAAACACUCGAAAUCGAACAAAAAUUUUUGGGAUGAUACAUUUUGCUCACCUGGCCCGUUCUGCCCGUCCUUCCUCUUUACAAAAACAUUGAAAUUUGAGAAUUACCAAAUUGGUAUUUAUCAAUUAUAAUUAUAUAAAUUAUAUGUUGUUACGUUUUUUAUUGAAAACAUAUUGAAAAUUCAUUGAUUUUUUAUCAUUAUAUAUAACCAACGAUGUAUAAAUUUACAUAAGACGAAAAAAAAAAAAAUAUAUAUAUAUAUAUAUAUGAUGAUACAAAAUGGGUAAUGAGAUUAUAUGAAAGUAAUAAAUACGUAUCUAGAAAAAAACAUCAAUAUGAAGAAAGAGAGAGAUAAUAGAAUUAACUUGAACUCUUGGUGUAACAAUAAUUCGUACCGAAUGUUUUAUCUGUUAUUAGAAAGAAGAAAAUAAUAAAGAAAAAAAAAAGGAAAAUCAUUGAAUUAUUUAUUGCUAUUAUGUCAGUUGCGAUCUUAAUAAUAAUAAUAAUAAUAACAAUAAUAAUAAUAAUAAUAAUAAUAAUAAUAAUAUUAAUAUUAAUAUUAAAACUAAAUAUUACUGAAUAAUCUAUAAACAUGCUACUGUAAUUUUUACGAUGAGAGAAUAACGAGAUACUCAAUGUUAUUGCUAUUUUGAUUUAUUAUAAUGCAUCCCGCAUAAAAAGUCAUAUAUGGUCAAGUAUAAUGUAUACUUUGAUAUUUAUUCACUUAUAAUUAAAAAUUGAUCAUUUUUUCUAUUCAUAAUUUUAAGUCCAGUAAACAUUCAAAACUGUCUUAAAUUUAUAGUUUACUGAGAGCCCUGAUUAAAAUAAACAAUUUGAAACGAUUUGUAAUGUUAAAUGCCCAUAAGAAGGGUAAUUCAAAAGUAUUCUAAGCAUUCAAAAACAUUAAGAAGUACUCAAAAUUUUUUUUUUUCUAAUUCUUUUAAAUCGAUUCUUUUAACAAGGGAGUGCAUUCGCUAAUGCUCUAGCUCUAGCACCCUUUGAAAUUUUUUUAAAACUCGGUUGCACCUAACGAAAUCUCGAAUUUAAGAAUUUUAAUUAUUGAUUAAGUAAUUAUGAUAACAGCAAUUUUCUUAGCUUCCGACUAAAAGCAGAAGACGAACUUCCUCGGAAGAUUUUCAACAUCCGAGUCCCAUAAAUAUUCAAAAAUGAAUUAGAAUUCUUAAAUUCGAGAUUUCGUUGGGUACGGCCGAGCCUCAACACACGUGUGUUACAGUAAAAAUAAAAACAUCCGACGUAACACUCAAGUUUUAUAAUAUUCUCAUUUUUGUAACACUCGAAAUAUAUGACAAUUUUUUUACCCGACCUUUCUUUUGUCUGGAAAGAUACAGCAGAUAAUAGAGAUACCCAAUUGUUCGAUUUGUGACGUCAGUCGUGCAAAAAUUACUAUUUUUCAGUUGCAAAGAUUAUAGUCAUAUUUAUAAUAUGUUCAUUAUGUACUUGAACAUAUAUAGUCGAGUCUGCAAAAGAAUGGGCUCUUCUCUCACCAUUUUUCUACAAUUAAGUCAUUACUGCGCAUGCGCGAUAGUGCAAAAUCAUUGACUUCAUUAUAGCUAAGUAGUGGAAGAAAAGCCCAUUUUUUUGCAGACUCAACUAUAUUGUAAUUUUAUGUGGGAUAUUAUUAAAGCGAAAUAGUAAAUGGUAGAUAUUUUAUAAAUACGUAAAAAAAAAAAAAAAAACAAAGCUUACGCUAAGUGUGAAAAAUAUAAAAAAAGUAUUCAGCAAUAUUAAAAACAGACCAAUAUUUUUCUUGUGUAUAAUUGAUGUGAAACCAACACUUACGUUAAAAAUUGAGUGUUAAAUGA